AUGCUACCACGCCGACUCGUCCCCUUCCUCCCGAACUCGCGCCUCCUCUUCCGCUCCCUAAACCCUAGCCUCGCCAUGUCUCCGGCCGACGCCGCCGCCGCCGCCCACCUGACCACGGCCUCCGACCCCGACGAGGACAUAUGCUCCAGCCCCGCUGCCGCCGCUGCCCCCGAGGAGAUCGCGCCGCCCGUGCCCACGCCCCUGCCUCCUCCGCCGGCGUCCGCGGAGGAGAGGGUGGAGCGCGCGUGGGCGCACUGGAGGCGGCUGGGGUCCCCGAGGCUGGUGGUGGCGCCCAUGGUGGACAACUCGGAGCUGCCCUUCCGCAUGCUGUGCCGCCGCUACGGCGCCGACGCCGCCUACACGCCCAUGCUCCACUCCCGCAUCUUCUCCGAGAACGAGAAGCACAGGGACAUGGAGUUCACUACCUGCAAGGAGGACCGCCCACUUUUUGUUCAGUUUUGUGCGAACGAUCCUGAUAUUUUGUUACAAGCUGCAAAGCUGGUGGAAGCAUACUGCGACUAUGUUGAUUUGAAUUUUGGAUGUCCACAGCGCAUUGCUAAACGGGGAUACUAUGGGGCAUUUCUCAUGGACAACCUUCCACUCGUUAAAUCGCUUGUGCAAAAUCUGUCAGAGAACCUUUGUGUUCCAGUCUCUUGCAAGAUCCGCAUAUUUCCGCGACUGGAGGACACACUUGCGUAUGCAAAGAUGCUUGAAGAAGCCGGUGCUUCUCUUGUGGCAGUGCAUGGGCGUACAAGAGAUGAAAAAGAUGGGAAGAAAUUUCGAGCUGACUGGGAUGCCAUCAAAGCUGUGAAAGAUGCCCUGAGGAUACCUGUACUUGCAAAUGGAAACAUUCGUCAUAUGGAGGAUGUGAAGAGCUGUCUGCAACACACUGGUGCUGAUGGCGUGCUUUCAGCUGAACCUCUUUUGGAAAAUCCAGCAUUAUUUGCUGGUUUCCGUACAAAGGAGUGGAAAGAAGAUGGCAAUGAAGACGGAGAUGGUGGUUUAGACCCGGCUGAUCUUGCCAUUGAGUAUUUGAAACUGUGCGAGCAAUACCCAGUGCCAUGGAGAAUGAUUCGAUCCCAUCUCCACAAGUUGCUGGGAAGCUGUUUUAGAGUGCAUCCGCAAGUGAGGGAGGAAUUCAAUGCACAGACCAAGCUCACUUUUGAGGGGUUGCAUGAUAUGGUAAAGAGGCUGAAAGAACUCGGCGGUGGAAUACCACUUUACAGAGAUCAGAGCUCUUUACAGUCACAUGCCGUUACAAACGGGCUAGCUGCAAGCAAUGCGUGA